AUGACCGCCACGGUUUUGGAAACUCCUAGGAUUAAGACGAAACGUCGCGUACCCCUGAAGUCUAUUGAUAUGGCAACGUCCCAGGCGCAGGCGCGUCCUGCGUCUUCUGCCGCGCCUGGCAGAAAGGGGACAAGGUCGAGUGCACGAUUGAGUUUAAGCAGUGUGGAGAAGAGCGAGGAGAAAACGGCACCUACCAAGAGAAAACAAGAGGCCUUCGAUGAAGAAGAUGAGGGGUUUCUUUUUACUCGCAUUAAGACUAAAAAAUCAAAACCAACGGUGGAGUCUAUCCCGGAGAUCUCUCAACCAGAGGUACCCGCUCCUAAACCGUCACCGAGGAGGGGCCGGCCUCCGAAGAAACGUCCGGUUGAGACGUCAGAGAGUGCGAUAGCGUCGAAGAAGUCAUCGGAGAGUUCGACCAGGCAAACGAGGGCGACUGCGAAACCUACUUUAUCCGAACCAGAAACACAACCGGCGAGCGCCGCGCGCACAACACGCACAACACGCAGGCAGGACAAUGGUGAAACAGCGCCAGUGGAAAAGAAGCGGAAGAAAGGCAGACCGAGUAAAUCUCAUGAUGGCGAACGGAACGGUUUUGUUUCGCCCGAACCGCAACAGGCUGGGACAUCGAAGAUUACCUUACCUAUGGCGGACACACCGGUCAUACAGCGGAACAAGGAAUUGAGGGGUGCGACAAAGUCAGGGAAAGGAAACAGACGGAGCAGCUUGGGGAUGCGGGGACGCAGGGCCAGCUCGCUAAUUGACUCCGGGGCGUCAAAUGCGUUGCCUCAUGAUCAAGUUGACACUGCAGAAUUCUAUAAGCACAUUGCGGGUGAUUUGCCGGAGCCACGGAGGAUGAGGCAGCUCUUGAUUUGGUGCGCGACUCGAGCAAUGAGCGAUAAACGAGGGCGCUCGGAGGAUGCGAGCGCUCGCCUAGCGGCGCGUGUAAUCCAGGAGGAAUUACUCAAGGAUUUCUCUACUAAUUCCCAGCUUUCGAACUGGUUCGAGCGAGAGGAUGUAGAUCCGCCGGCUGUCAUUGUUAAGAAGCCAAAUCCGAAGAAUAUUCAAAACGCAGAUAAGAUCAAGGAGUUGGAGGAGCAAAUACAAAGGCUACAACGAGAGAGGCACGCUCUCAACGCACUUCUUCGACCACCUUCUAUUCCACAGAUCAAACCAUCGAAACAGCAGGAUACCACACCGGAUGGCCAAAAAGACCCCCCGCAAUCCGACGCUGAACCCAAACCUCGGUCAGAGCCUGAACCGAUUGACUUAUCUUUAUUAGAUCCUUCACAGCAAAAUAUCUAUGAAUCGAUAGAUCCCAGCUCCGCAAAGUGGAAACCUAAUUCUGAGACUCAGACGACGUCAUCAUCAGAACUUAGCUUACCACCAGUAACACCAUCGGCUAUAUCCACAAGGCUUUCCCGGAUAACCCAUGCUCUAGCGCCGACCCUCGAUUCAUUGGCGGCCGGCGUCCACGAUAUCGAACUUUACCGAACCAUGUCAGACACCGUAUCGUCGCGAGUACUGCGCGUCUGCGCCGAGCGACUGGAUGAGCGGGAUGCAGGAAACGCAAUGCAUCGAGUUGCGGCAGAGGAGGGCGAGAGCAAGGAUCUCACCCUGCGGCUACGGCCGAGAGAAGACCUUGGUCUGAUUCUUGGAGCAUUAAGUCGGAUAGAGAGGUGA